AUGUCCACCCACUGUCAUGAUGAACAUUCAAAACACGGUCAUAAUCACUCCGAUCAUGGUCAUACCGAAGAUUUGACUCCAGCUCUCCAGUAUUCCCUCUAUCAACACAUCAACUUCGACAAAGUGACAUGCCUUAACGAGGCUGAAACUCAUUCAGGCCGCACAAUCAUGAAGAAAACGUGGGCGGAGCGACUCGAGCCGGAGCCACAACUUCAAAGCGACGCAGACGAGCAGUUGCUUCUCUUUAUUCCGUUCACGGCGCAAAUACGUCUGCACGCUAUUGUCGUACGUACGUCGCCGAGUAGUGCGGCACCGCGCACUCUAAAACUAUGGGCUAAUGCGACAGACAUUGACUUCGCCACAGCUCUCGAGCGUCCGCCGAGCCAGACAAUCGUGCUAGCACAGACUGAUGAGGUUCAAGAGGUUGCGGUACAACGCGCACGUUUUGCAACCCUGCACUGCCUCAGCCUCUUCAUUGAAGAUAACUAUGGCAAUGACAUCACUGCUUUCAGCUACUUGGCAUUCAAGGGCGACUGGAUGCCGAUUGGUCGCGCGCCUCAAAAUAUUACAUACGAGGCUGCUGCUAACCCACGCGACCAUUCUAUCAAGGGCACGACUAUCAACCAGAUGGGAAGCAGUCUUGGUGGUCGCCAUUAG